AUGAGCACUGGUGCUGCUGACGAUGGGAAGUGGGACGUGGAGGACGGUCGGCGGCCGCGGCGUGCCAACCGCGGCACUUUGCUGCAGGAGCUUCUUGAGAAGGGACUGAACUCGGAGGAGGAGAACCUGCUGAAUGACUUAAGUGACGCAACGACCGACAGUACUUUUAGCAGCAGCGGGGAGGAGGCGAUGGAUGAGAUUGACAGCGACUUUUCGGACGAGGAGGUAGAGGGCGUAUUGGACGGCACGGAGGUGACGACGGAGGCAAUGCUGCGGCGAGAGGAGCGGGAGGAGCGGCAGAAGGAGCGACAGCGUGCACGGCGACGCAUGGGAGGAAACGUGUUGCAACGCAAAGGCGCCGCCGCGGCAGACGCACCGAAGACGGCUGCUCUCCGACUUCGGCCGCCGUCAACAAUACCGCUUGAGGAGCGGCUGCAAAUGGCGCAUAAAAGAGCCCGUGAGGUUCGUGCGGCGGCGGCCGCGGCAAGCGUUGCAAAGGGGGAACACGACUCGGUGGGGACGAUGUUGAUUUCUUCGGCAGGGGGUGCGUCAGCGUACAACGUGGGACAUUCCGUGGCGAAGCGUCGGCGUCUGCACGGCAGCCGUGCACGGCCCGCGGCCACGCCAGCGGGGUUUGAAGAGGGCGAGGAGGUGCCGCAGCGUCUCCUCUACACAAGUAGCCGAAGUGUACUUGAGCAGUUCGGUGUGCCGGUGGUGAUAUCCUUCUCUACCUGUUUGCCACGGAUGUUCCAGACGUAA